UCGCCCCUCAGACAUACGAAAUUUCAGAAACUUGAACGUUCACAUUUCCUCUCAGAUCUUCCCAGCUCAAGGCACCAAAAUUGAAAAACCCUAAUUUUGCUACUCCACCGUACUCGAAUCUUCAUCAGGUUUCUGCCGCCAUUGUUGAUUUCGAUCAGGAAAUUCGUAAGAAAACAGCGGAAUCUUGAUUGAUUUUCAAUUUACCGGGAAAUUGAGUGGAAAUGCAGCGCGCUCCGGCAACGAUCGAGGAACAGUUGUUACUGAAAGCAAUCAAAGAAGAAUGCCCGUGGGAGAGUCUCCCGAAACGGCUUCAAGUCACAUUGUCUUCCAAAGAAGAAUGGCACAGAAGGGUAAUUGAGCAUUGCAUAAAGAAACGACUCCCAUGGAACACUUGUUUUGCUCGGAAAGUGUGCAAAGAAAGUGAAUAUUAUGAAGACAUGAUGCGGUACUUGCGAAGGAAUUUAGCACUAUUUCCCUAUCACCUUGCGGAGUAUGUUUGCCGUGUAAUGAGGGUAUCCCCUUUCAGAUAUUACUGCGAUAUGAUUUUUGAAGUUAUGAGAAAUGAACAACCUUACGACAGCAUCCCCAAUUUUAGUGCUGCAGAUGCCUUGCGCCUUACAGGGAUAGGGAGAAAUGAAUUUAUUGAUAUAAUGAACAAGUGCAGAUCUAAGAAAAUUAUGUGGAAGCUGAACAAGUCAAUUGCAAAAGAACUUUUACCUACACAACCUGUGGAUUUUACAAUUGAACCGUGGUGGGGAAUUUGUCUUGUGAAUUUCACGCUGGAAGAAUUUAAGAAACUCUCGGAGGAGGAAACGGCAACAAUAGAUAAAAUAUGUAAAGAGGAAGCAAAUUCAUAUAUUCUCUUCGAUCCAGAUAUUAUUAAAGGUCUUCACCAACGAGGAUUAGUAUACUUUGAUGUCCCUGUAUAUCCUGAUGACCGUUUUAAAGUUUCCAGGCUCGAAGGAUUUGUUUCGAACAGGGAGCAAUCUUAUGAAGAUCCUAUAGAGGAGUUACUAUAUGCAGUUUUUGUUGUUUCAAGCGAGUAUGCAACUGUUGCUGAACUGGCAACAACAUUACAGGCUGACCUUUCACAGCUGCAGGCUGCUGCAUCUUUUGCAUGUCGAUUGGGAUGGGCGGUAAAAGUAUUUGAUCCAGCAUCUGUGCUUCAAGAUACAAGUUUACCUGGAUCUCCUAGAAACAGUCUCAGUGAAGAAGAUACUUCUGGUCGUAGUACAAGCUCAGCAAUUAUGUUUGCCGAUGGUGAAGCUAGUCUACAAGGAGAUGUUUCGGGGACAGAAAACUCUUUGCAUGAUCGUGUUGCAUUUGUUGUUGAUGCUAACAUAACAUCCUAUCUUAUGAUGGGGUCUGUCUCACCAGGCUUGAAAUCGCAUGCUGUGACACUGUAUGAAGCAGGAAAGUUGGGUCAUACUAGUAUUACAGAUCUUUGUAAGGAUCUGAGUACACUAGAGGGGACAAAAUUUGAAGGAGAACUACAGGAAUUUGCAAAUCAUGCAUUUAGCCUCCGUUGUGUUUUGGAAUGCCUUCAAUCAGGAGGAGCUGCAACUGAUGUGAAAACAGAAGAAGUUUGCAAGAACAUGGAUAUGAUGGCAUCAAACAAUGAUGCGGCCACGCUCAUAGCUGACAUAUCUGAUGUCACCUUGACUAAGAAAUCAGAACACUUAGCUACACAUGAAGUUGAUGUCGAUGAUGAUAUUUCUGUGAAAUCAGGAAUACCUCAGGAAGGUUCUGUUUUGGCUGAACCUGUUACGGAUAGAGAAAGUGAUGAAAUAUUAAUUGGUACGUUAUCAGAAGAUAUCACCAGCUUAACUGAAGUCCCUAAACCAGACUUGAAUCUCCAGAAUAAUGAGAAACCGAUACAUGCUGAAGGGUUAGAUGUUGGAAGAGAAAUUUUAAAGAAGAAAAAGAAAUUCCGAGUGGAUAUCCUUCGCUGUGAAAGCUUGGCGUCUCUUGCAACAGCAACGUUAGAUCGGUUGUUUCGUCGUGACUAUGAUAUUGUUGUAUCUAUGAUUCCUCUUCCACCUUCGUCAGUACUUCCUGGACCAGCAGGUCCUAUUAAUUUUGGGCCUCCCUCGUAUUCAUGCAUGACACCUUGGAUGAAAUUAGUUUUGUACUCAACUGUGGCAUGUGGACCCCUCUCUGUUGUUCUGAUGAAAGGACAAUGUUUACGCUUACUUCCUGCCCCGCUGGCCGGUUGUGAGAAAGCCCUUUUGUGGUCUUGGGAUGGUUCUACAAUUGGAGGGUUGGGAGGCAAGUUUGAAGGAAAUCUAGUGAAGGGAAGUGUACUUUUACAUUGUUUAAAUUCACUUCUGAAAUAUUCUGCUGUACUAGUGCAGCCCCUCAGUAGAUAUGACCUCGACGAAUCUGGAAGAAUCAUCACCAUGGAUAUUCCAUUACCCUUAAAGGACUCUGACGGUUCAGUUGCUUGCAUAGGGGAGGAAUUGGAACUAAGUGAGAAGGAAAGUUCAAAACUGAAUUCUCUCUUAUGUGAUAUGGCAAACAAGAUAGAGUUAUGGACAGUUGGCUAUAUUCGCUUAUUGAAACUUUAUAAAGAAAGAGAUUCAGAACACUUUGCACCUGAUGAUGAGAAGUAUGAAUGGGUCCCAUUGAGCGUCGAAUUUGGAAUGCCACUGUUUAGUCCGAAAUUGUGCAAUAACAUAUGUAAAAGAGUGGUCUCGUCGCAAUUACUUCAAAAAGAUUUACUUACUGAGCAUCAUGAUGCAAUGCAAAGCUUAAGGAAAAGGUUGCGUGAUGUUUGUGCAGAGUACCAAGCAACAGGUUCUGCUGCCAAACUUCUUUACCAAAAGGAGCAAUCAAAGGACUUCUCACGACAUCUCAUGAAUUAUGCUAGUGGAAGGUGGAAUCCACUUGUCGACCCAUCCUCUCCCAUUUCAGGAGCCUCGAGUGAGCAUCAGAGACUAAAACUUGCUAACCGACAUCGUUCCCGAGCUGAAGUUUUGAGCUUUGAUGGAAGCAUUCUAAGAUCAUAUGCUCUAGCUCCUGUUUAUGAGGCUGCCACAAGGCCAGUUGAAGAAGCCCCUCCGGUGAGCACUACAAAAGUUGAGGAAGAAGAAGCAGACAGCAGAGAAGUAGUCCUUCCUGGAGUUAAUCUUGUUUUUGAUGGCUCUGAGUUGCACCCCUUUGAGAUAGGUGCUUGUCUACAGGCUCGUCAACCUGUCUCAUUAAUAGCAGAGGCAGCUGCUGCCUCAGCAACUCUGCAACAAAGUAGGGGUUCAUGAUAGAAUCUUGCUUGGAUGGCGAAUAUAGAAGAGUCCAUCACGUUACUACGAGUAGCUUCAUUCUUCUUUUAGUUUGAUUAUUUGGCUCGCUUGCUCAUCUUUGCCGUUGGUCAUUAUGCACCAGCUCCAGCUUUGUUCAGAGGUUGGUGUUUCCGAUGAUGCAUACGCCCACUGUGUUUGUAGCUACAGUGAAGAGAGCAUAUGGUUUUUCUUAAGUUUACCCUUCAUCGUACCUGGUGCUUAGAUGCGGGUGAUUUAUACCCACCAGUGAAACAGUACACCCUUUUGUUUCAUUUAAUUUUACUUUUUUUUCUUUGUUCUGUUAGGGGGUGGGGAUAAAACAUACAGAUGUUUCGGGCGCGCUAUAGUACGAAUGAAAAUGCAUUAGAAUAUACAUUGUAAGUCUGCAAUGACAUUAUGAUUUUGUAAAAGAAAGAUUAAAUGUGAGCAACUGAUGAGAGGAGGUCUACGCUGUGAUCCCUCUCUUCUCUUGA